AUGGACGAGCAAUUUACUAAAUACACUCAUGUCAACGUCGACUUGGACAUUGCAACUAAGAGAGCUGCUUUAAGAGCUUCAGCUUCAGUUGUCGGCCUUAUUUCUGUGCGUCGAGAAGGUGGGGAAACAUUAUUCAAUGCUUCAGGAACUAUAUAUGAGACUUCCGAGAAUGGGGAUGGCAAAUACUUGAGCAGAAUAGUUACAUCUGCGAGUCUCUUUGGUUCUGUUGCUCAUAAAGAUAUUUAUAUCAAGGUCUUUACUGCUGGAGGCAUAGUGUUUGACGGCAUUGUUAUGGGACAUGAUGCACACUAUAACCUUGCAAUCAUCGAUAUAAUCUCUGAUGUGCUACUGCCUGCUGCAAGGUUGAGGAUUUUAGAUGACUCAGUCUCUUUAGAUCCAAUAUCGGUUCAGUGUAGUCUGGACAAUGCACGGCCUCAUUCAAGGAAGUUCAAAAUUUGCGCAGGAGAUAUGUUGGUAGCUUUGGGGCGAUCUUGCAAAAAUUUUGAUAUCAUGUCUGCAGCUGGCAAAUUAAGGUAA